CUGGCAUGUGGGCGGCGCAGGUGGUGGGUGGCCGGCGCGCCACAAAGGCGGCGUUCCAGUCGCCGCAUCUGCAACAUGUCGUCGCGUUGCGCCACGCCAUGGCGGCCAAGCAGCGACCGCCGCUGUCGACGAACCAGAUUCCCGAUGCGCCCCGACGGCUAAGGUUGCCGCCGACGACGAUGACAAGUCUGCCAGCGACAACGACCCUUGCGCGGCUUCGGCGGCUCGUGGGCAUGGUCGCACGACGCAGCGUCGCACGGUAUCUUUGCGAUGGCGUGCAUAGCUACCUGCGCCGGCGUCUCGCCGCCCGCC